GGGAUGGGCCCCAAGCGGCGGCAGCUGACGUUCCGGGAGAAGUCGCGGAUCAUCCAGGAGGUGGAGGAGAACCCGGACCUGCGCAAGGGCGAGAUCGCGCGGCGCUUCAACAUCCCGCCGUCCACGCUGAGCACCAUCCUGAAGAACAAGCGCGCCAUCCUGGCGUCGGAGCGCAAGUACGGUGUGGCCUCCACCUGCCGCAAGACCAACAAGCUGUCCCCCUACGACAAGCUCGAGGGGCUGCUCAUCGCCUGGUUCCAGCAGAUCCGCGCCGCUGGCCUACCCGUCAAGGGCAUCAUCCUCAAGGAGAAGGCACUGCGUAUAGCCGAGGAGCUGGGCAUGGACGACUUCACCGCCUCCAACGGUUGGCUGGACCGCUUCCGCCGGCGCCACGGUGUGGUGUCCUGCAGCGGUGUGGCCCGCGCCCGGUCGCGCAAUGCUGCCCCCCGGCCCGCAGCGGCUCCCGCCAGCCCGCCGGCGGUCCCCUCGGAGGGCAGCGGCGGGGGUUCGACGGGCUGGCGCGCUCGGGAGGAGCAGCCGCCGUCGGUGGCCGAGGGCUACGCCUCCCAGGACGUGUUCAGCGCCAUCGAGACCAGUCUGUGGUACGACUUCCUGCCCGACCAGGCUGCGGGGCUGUGCGGCAGCGACGGACGGGCACGCAGGGCCACCCAGCGCCUGAGUGUCCUGCUGUGCGCCAACGCAGACGGCAGCGAGAAGCUGCCCCCGCUCGUGGCCGGCAAAUCGGCCAAGCCCCGCGCGGGCCAAGCCGGCCUGCCCUGCGACUACACCGCCAACUCGAAGGGCGGUGUCACCACCCAGGCCCUGGCCAAGUACCUGAAGGCCCUGGACACUCGCAUGGCCGCGGAGUCUCGCCGAGUCCUGCUGCUGGCGGGCCGCCUGGCUGCCCAGUCCCUGGAUACCUCGGGCCUGCGGCACGUACAGCUGGCCUUCUUCCCGCCGGGCACCGCUCAAAAAGCGUGGACUAUUUUGCUAGGAGAGGAGUUGGGGGAGGAAGAGGAGGUGGAAGAGGAGGGUGAUGUUGAUGACAGUGAGGAAGAGGAGGAGGAAGAGGAGGAAGAGAGCUCCUCUGAGGGGUUGGAGGCUGAGGACUGGGCCCAGGGGGUAGUGGAAGCUGGUGGCAGCUUCGGGGGCUACAGCGCCCAGGAGGAGGCCCAGUGCCCUACCCUCCACUUCCUGGAGGGCGCAGAGGACUCUGAGUCUGACAGUGAGGAAGAGGAGGAAGAGGAGGAGGAUGAAGAUGACGAAGACGAUGAAGAUGAGGAGGAGGAUGGUGACGAGGUGCCUGUGCCCAGCUUCGGGGAGGCCAUGGCUUACUUCGCUAUGGUCAAAAGGUACCUGACUUCCUUCCCCAUCGACGACCGAGUGCAGAGCCACAUCCUUCACUUGGAACACGAUCUGGUCCACGUGACCAGGAAGAACCACGCCAGGCAGGCGGGAGUUCGGGGUCUUGGACAUCAAAGCUGAGCUGCCGGGGCCUAGUCCUGCCCGACCCGGAUGUGGCAGCGCCAGCCCAGGGCGGAGGACUCUCCGGGCAGCCGCUGCGGAUGGAGCCAAGAGUGGGGAGCUCCAGAGCCUUUAGUGAUGUUCCUCGGGCCCUGUGACAGGCCCAGCCACCUUGGUAGGGCCCGGGGCUGGCGUCAGCCUCACUGCCUGCUUAUUGCCUCUUUCUCAGAGUCCUCUUUCCUCCCCAUUUGCCCCUGGGCUUGGGGGACCAGGUGGGGAGGGUGGGGAGCUGUCCGGUGCUACCACACCGUGCCAUCAGUGGACUAGGCCACAGGAGCCGCCAGGGAUGGGCCCUGGAAGCUCCCGGCCGGAGAGUGCCUCUCCCCUCUGCCGUCCACACCAGGUCUUUGGUGGGGGGGACCCCAAAGCCAUUCUGGGAAGGGCUCCAGAGGAAGGUCCAGCCUAGGCCCCCACAAGGCUGGCAGCCCCCUACCCCUGCCCCUGGGCCGCCUUGAGAAGCACAGUCUAACUCACCGCAGGCUCCUGAGCCUGCCUCUGCCUGCUUCCCCAUCUUCCCAGUCCCUUUCUCUGGCCCAGUCCAGGUUGGCCCUUGGUUUUCUUUCCAGAUUGGAGGUUCCCAAGAGGCCCUCCAGGGGAGUGGUAAUGGGCACUUCCCUUGUGGGUAGCUGCAGGCCCCAUGCCUCUCCUCCCUCUCUGACAGGGCCCUAUCCUGGGCAGGGGGCCUGGGGCUGGGCCCAUAGUCCAGCCAUCCAGCCACUCCUUUCCCAGUCUGAAUUCAAUAAAUCCGUCCACCCCCCUUUUGUGGGGGUGAACGUUUUAACAGCCAAG